AUGCCCGGCCGACGCAGCACGACUUCUGCACACCUGCGCAUCCCCUCCCCUCUCGCCCGCUUCUACUCCCACUUCCCCCUCCUCACCCUCCCCUCACCGCACCUCACGACUCCCGCGCCCUCUCAUCCCACAAUCUGGGCAUACGGUCCUCCUCCCUCAGGUCACUCCGAAUCACUCGAUCCCUCGUGUCGGGCAGCGCAGGCGUACGCGAGGUUUGCGGGCCAGAAGUGCGAGGUUAGGUGGAUUGGAUGGGAGGGGAGGGAGGGCGCGCCGGGCGGACAGGUGCCUGCGUUGCAUACGAGUGAGGGAGACUUGUUCGGUGGGGAGGAGCUCGAAGCUUGGCUGGCUGAGAAGGCGGGCGGGAAGGACACUACGAAUGACGCGACCCACCAAGCGUACCUCUCCCUCCUGACGACCACCCUCCUCCCCGCCGUCCUCGCCGCACUCUACCUCUCCCCCUCAACCUUCGCACCCUCCGUCGUUCCCAUUCCCUCCCGUCCCUUCCUCUCCUCCCUCGCCCAGAUUUACUUGACAUGGAACAACCGCUCCACCCGGAUCGACGAGAUCAAGCGGUUGCGAGGCGGAAAGGUAGGGAAGGAGACGGCGCUGGAUCUGGAGGAGAUUGAGAGGGAGGCGGUGGAGGCUAUCGAGGUACUUGAGGGGAAGUUGAAGGCGCAACAGGGAGAGGGAGAGUGGUUUGGCGGAGGGAGCACGCCGUCACGCCUCGAUGCGCUACUUUACGCCCUCCUCUCGAUCGUUCGCAUCCUCCCGCCUAAGUGCGACUCGACCCUUCGACCAGCGCUCGAGCGGUGUCCGACAUUGUUGGCGUGGGUGAAGAAGCACGACCCGUAG